AUGGAUUUUCAGGAAAAUAUCAUCAAAAGACAAAAUUCAAGUGAAUACUUUGACACGGUCAUUGGUCACAUAGAGGACAUUGUCAUUGGCGAAGAAUUUCAGAGUAUGGUUAAUCAGUUCAUGGAGUGUUACUACUUCGAGUUCGAACCGGGAGAAGAAAACAAAAUCAUCUACACGGAGAUCUACCAGAAGUAUACCAACAUGAUAGAAGCACACAUUGUGGAAAAUCUCAAUCGAAAGAUGAGCUGCUUCGACAUGGAUUUGUUUGCGAUGGAGCUGGAAAACAAGAAGACACAGCUGGACGGAGAGAUCUUCGAGCUGCUGUACACGCUGACUGACUUUCUAGCCUUCAAAGACAUGGUGCUGGACUACAAGGCAUUCAAAGAGGGUGCAUAUGACGAUCUAAGCAAGGGCAUCAGUGUAACUGGUUUGCAGAAAUGA